UCAGACUGGGAACUUGGCUCUGUGGUGGAUUCAUAGCCAUUGACCCCGCAGUCGAAGGAAGCCGCCGGCUGCCGCAAGACGUGAGCUUUAGGUUGAGCUUUACGAAGGAUCCUAUGCAUUGAUUAUUCCACCCCUGACUUUGAUAGCAUACUAGAUACAUCCCUGCUGCGAUACUUCAAGCCUUCCCAAGGUUCGAGCCCCAAGCCAUCCCAAGGUUCUUCUUCUUCUUAGUAACUCUUAGGAUAUCAUGUUCUGUACAGGUGUUGCCUCAGAUCCUGCCUCAGCUUUCUCCAGAGAUUUCCGGAAAUAAGAAAGCGAGAAGAAUCGCACAGGCCAAAAAGACAGGCAGUUAGUUGUCUUCCUACUUCUUGUGUUGAACCCGUCUUUCACUGCCUUUUGCAAAUUCCUGGGUUCACCCCCUUCCCGCCCUCACCUUCCAACCGAAAACCAAAUCAUUCCAAAGUUUUGGAAUUUCUACCCCCCCUCCUUUCACCUCCUCAAACCCUCCUGUUCCCCUCCAACCCCACCUGCACUCCGGUGCUUGGUUUUCUUGCUUGAGUUGGUCCCUUAAAUUUACAACUAUUUACUUCCUAUACAUCAAGAGGAAAGGGGGUCCCCCUUUCAUAGAAUGCGGCAACAUGGGUCUCUUUGACCGCGGAGUUCAGAUGCUUCUGACCACGGUGGGAGCCUUCGCCGCCUUCAGCCUCAUGACCAUCGCGGUUGGCACGGACUACUGGCUCUACUCGAGAGGAGUGUGCAAAAUAAAGACUAACAAUGAGAACGAGACCAGUAAGAAAAACGAAGAGGUGAUGACACACUCCGGACUUUGGAGGACAUGCUGUUUAGAAGGUAAUUUUAAAGGGCUGUGUAAACAGAUUGACCACUUUCCUGAGGAUGCAGACUAUGAAGCAGAUGCAGCAGAGUACUUCCUUCGAGCGGUUAGAGCAUCCAGUAUAUUCCCCAUCCUCAGUGUGAUCCUGCUCUUCAUGGGUGGUCUGUGUAUCGCCGCCAGUGAGUUCUACAAGUCCCGUCACAACAUCAUCCUCAGCGCUGGGAUUCUCUUUGUUUCUGCAGGUCUGAGCAACAUCAUCGGGAUGAUCGUGUACAUAUCAGCGAAUGCCGGCGACCCGUCCAAAAGCGACUCCAAAAAGAACAGCUACUCAUACGGCUGGAGCUUCUACUUUGGCGCCCUGUCCUUCAUCAUGGCGGAAAUGGUGGGGGUCUUAGCCGUCCACAUGUUCAUCGACCGGCACCGUGAACUUCGGGCAGCCAGCGCUCGGGCCGGCCGGGGCAUCUCGGCUGGAAACGCGGACUACCUGCAGGGCUCGGCCAUCACACGUAUUCCCAGCUAUCGCUAUCGCUACCGGCGCCGCUCGCGCUCCUCCAGUCGCUCCACGGACCCCUCACACUCCCGCGAUGCCUCGCCGGUGGGCUUGAAGGCUUUCGGGGCCCUGCCAUCCACCGAUAUCUCCAUGUACACGCUGAGCCGCGGAGGCGGAGACACACUGAAAGCGGCCCACGGGACGCCCACGGCCACCUACAACUCGGAGAGGGACCAUAACUUCCUGCAGGUCCACAACUGCAUCCAGAAAGACGCGAAAGACGCGCACAGCAACGCAGCCAACCGCCGCACCACACCAGUAUGAGUGCUGCAGAGACCCCCUAGUGGCUAGGAGGGGAACUGACUUGGAUAUGGGCAAGAGAUAGAGACAGAUAGUAGGAGAGUAGGAGAGUGAAGGCGGUAAUGGGUGAAGGAAAAGAGAACUGUAAAAGAUAAGAGAAAUGGGAAUAAACAGAAAAAUCAAGAAGGACAGGGGAUGUAAAAAAGGCUCUCUGAGUUGUGAGAUAUUUACAACAAUGAUGAUGAUGACGAGUUUCCAUGUUGAAAAAAGUGAAAAAGUCGAAAAAUGUCCAAAAAAAGAGAUAAAGAAAAUGCAUGAUUUUUCCCAUCUACCGUAAUUUAACGAGUUUUAAACCAUGUUUCUAAAGAAGUGAAGAGGAGUGAAAAUGGGGACAAAGACAGCAAACAAAAGAGAGAGAGAGACAGACAAAAAGAGAGACAGAGAUAGAGAGACAGACAGACAGACAGAGAAAGUGGGAGGGUGCGGUAGGCGACAUGAGUUUUAAAAGGUUUCUAUUUUUUUGACUCUCUUCUCGGUCUCCAUGGCCCCUCCUCCCCGCGCCCACCUCUCUCUUUACUUCCUGUAUGUAUCCAUCUCAUUCUUUUGCGCAUUAAUACUGUGAAGCAUUGUGGCCGAGGUGUUUACCCAGGGCAAGAGACGAACCCGCGCCCCAGCCACAACUUAUAAGUUAAUAUAUGUAUUAAUUAUAUAUGAAUAUAUAAAAAAAUAUGUUAAUAAACCACAGAUAGACUUCCCUGACGAAAAAGAAGGACAAAAAGAUUACUUGGAAGAAAAAAAAUAACAAAAAACAAAAACAAAUCAAAAGUCAAUAAAGUCGUCAUGGAAUCAAAAGAA